GCCAAUCGUACACAUGCGCACACAAUCCCAACCUUGCCAUGGAGGAAAUUGGUAUUGUCGUUCCUCCAAAGCUUCCGGAAGGUCCUAGUGCUGAGUCUCGACCGGCAACAGCAGCGACAAGUUUACUAGGAUCUAUUGACAAGGAGAAGGAUCUGUACUUGAAAUACAAGAAGCUUCAACGUCAACUUGAGUUCCUGCAAGUUCAAGAGGAUUACAUUAAAGAUGAACAGAAGAAUCUCAAACGAGAAUAUCUUAGGGCACAAGAAGAGGUGAAGCGUAUUCAGUCUGUUCCUCUUGUUAUUGGCCAGUUUCUCGAGGCUGUCGAUGAGCAUUCGGGCAUUGUUGGUUCGACAACUGGCUCGAACUACUAUGUUCGUAUUUUGAGCACUAUUGAUCGCGAGCUGCUGAAACCAUCAUCUAGUGUUGCUCUGCACAAACAUUCGAACGCAUUAGUUGAUGUUCUACCUCCUGAGGCUGACAGCAGUAUUGCCAUGUUGACAGCUGAGGAGAAGCCUGACGUUACUUACUCUGAUAUCGGAGGUCUGGAUAUUCAGAAGCAGGAAAUUCGUGAGGCUGUGGAGCUUCCUUUGACGCAUUUUGAACUUUAUAAACAAAUAGGGAUUGAUCCUCCUCGGGGAGUUUUAUUAUAUGGACCACCAGGUUGUGGCAAGACCAUGUUAGCAAAGGCUGUAGCACACCACACAACUGCAUCGUUUAUUCGCGUAGUUGGCUCAGAAUUCGUCCAGAAGUAUUUGGGUGAAGGAGCUCGGAUGGUAAGAGACGUCUUUCGACUGGCCAGAGAGAAUACACCGGCCAUUAUUUUUAUUGAUGAGAUUGAUGCCAUAGCAACUAAACGAUUUGAUGCUCAAACUGGAGCUGAUCGUGAAGUUCAGAGAAUUCUGCUGGAACUAUUAAACCAAAUGGAUGGUUUCGAUCAGGCUGAGAACGUCAAGGUUGUCAUGGCUACAAAUCGAUCAGACACUCUUGACCCGGCUCUCCUAAGGCCUGGUCGUUUGGACAGGAAGAUUGAGUUCCCAAUGCCUGAUAGAAGACAAAAGCGAUUGGUCUUCUCUACAGUCACAGCCAAGAUGAAUCUUUCCGAAGAAGUAGAUUUGGAGGAUUUUGUCGCUCGGCCAGACAAAAUCUCAUCAGCAGAUAUCAACUCCAUCUGCCAAGAGAGUGGCAUGCAUGCUGUGCGAGAGAAUCGCUACAUCAUCUUGGCAAAGGAUUUUGAGAAAGCCUACAAGAAAGUAGUCAAUAAAGACGAUCAAGAGCACGAGUUCUACAAAUAGAUAAUUUUCUUUAGCUAGAGAGAAUUACAAUCGAUGAGUAAAAAUAGAGAAAAAAUGUGAAUCAAACCAUGCGCACCACAUGAGGUCGGU